CCACUCGUCAGCAGCGGACGGGGUAGGGUGCAGUCUAUGUGUGUGUAUGUGGAGGAGGCAGUAGGCGCAGCCCACCUGGCCCUGGGACUGGUCAGGAGGCAGGAGUCGCAGGAUGGACGCAGCUACUCUGACCUAUGAUACUCUCAGGUUUGAGUAUGAAGACUUCCCUGAGACCAAAGAGCCUGUUUGGAUACUGGGGAGAACAUACAGUGUAUUCACAGAGAAAGAGGAGAUCCUGUUGGAUGUGACAUCUCGGCUUUGGUUCACAUACAGAAAGAACUUUCCUGCCAUUGGAGGAACAGGCCCCACAUCUGAUACCGGCUGGGGCUGCAUGUUGAGGUGUGGUCAGAUGAUCUUCGCUCAGGCAUUGGUCUGCCAGCACUUAGGCAGAGAUUGGAGGUGGGAAAAAGGGAAGAGGCAGACGGAUAAUUACUUCAACAUACUUAAUGCCUUCAUUGACAAAAAAGACAGCUACUACUCCAUCCACCAGAUAGCCCAGAUGGGAGUUGGAGAGGGCAAAUCGAUAGGCCAGUGGUACGGACCAAACACAGUUGCACAAGUGCUCAAAAAACUUGCCACUUUUGAUACAUGGAGCUCAUUGGCAGUGCACGUAGCCAUGGACAACACUGUAGUGAUGGGAGAAAUCAGAAGGUUGUGCAAGUCCAAUUUCUUGUAUGCUGGGGCUGCAGUGUUCCCUGCUGCGGAGUCAGACCUGCUCUAUAAUGGGUUCCCGGAUGGAGCAGAGGUUACAGAUAGGUUGUCGCAAUGGAAACCAUUGGUGCUGCUGAUACCUCUUCGCCUUGGACUCACAGAUAUCAAUGAAGCUUAUAUUGAAACACUAAAGCACUGCUUCAUGAUGCCUCAGUCCCUGGGAGUGAUUGGAGGGAAACCCAACAGUGCUCAUUACUUCAUUGGCUAUGUAGGUGAGGAGCUAAUUUACUUGGACCCCCACACUACACAGCCUGCAAUGGAACCCAGUGACAAUGGCUGUAUCCCUGAUGAGAGCUUCCACUGCCAGCACCCCCCGUGCCGAAUGAGCAUUGCUGAACUUGACCCAUCCAUCGCAGUGGGCUUUUUCUGCAACACAGAGGAAGACUUUAAUAACUGGUGCCAGCAAAUCAAAAAGCUGUCCCUGUUAAGAGGCGCUCUGCCAAUGUUUGAACUGGUAGAACAUCAGCCUUCACACUUUUCCAGCCCUGAUGUUCUGAAUCUCACACCAGACUCUUCUGAUGCAGACAGGUUAGAAAGAUUCUUUGACUCGGAGGACGAAGACUUUGAAAUCUUAUCUCUUUGAAAAUAGAUAGGAAACUGACUGCACGUCUAUGUUGUGUGUGGGGCAUGGCGGGGGGGAAGAAGUUCCUUCGAGCACCUGGGCCCUUCCUGGUUUUCAUAGGUGCUUGCUGACCUCCCUGCCUCCCAUCCAUCCCAGCAUUCUGUGCAGUCUCAAGCACAGAGUGCACUGUCUGCAUUGGGAUCAAGAAACAAGUCGUCAUUAAGGCUUCAGUGACCAGAGUCAGGAUUUCUCACCACAAAACAUGUGCAAGAAGAGGAUGCAGUGGUGCCUAGGAGUUCAAAGUUUUGGUUGGUUUGUUUGCAGCAGCAGCUCAGCUGCCCGUACAAUAGUAACAGCAGAAAUCCCACAUGGAGCUAAUCCCUUAUGAGUACUUCCCAGUGAUAUUUAAUCAGAGCUAUCCCUCUUUUGGGGGGGCAAAAGCUAUACUGUUGCUAGUUCCUUCCACAGCUUUCCUGCUUAUGGCUGACUUGGGCAGACUUAGAUUUAUGGAAAGCAAUGUAAAUUAUUACCAGGCCUGUCCCAUAUGAAGUCUCCAGCACAGCAGUAUGUGAACUAGUCACCUAGAUGGUCACAUUUUCCAUUGUAAUAGGCCACGCGCUGCUGCUCAUGCUUAAUAAUAGUUGCAGUGCUUUCUCACACACAGUGCUGCCUGCUCUUAUAAAGGGCAACCUUCUCUCAGAGGUGAAGCACUUCCUCUCUGGACAUUACCCUGAGGUUUUCCACAAGGUCUGAAGAUGAUAACCAAAAGGGGAGGAGAAACCCAGUUUAAAUAAAAGGAGGAAGGAAGAAAAUAUGUACGUGAGGGCCAUAGUCUCACUGGCUGAGUCACUGAAACACCAAGGCUCUCAAAAGAUGGAUUGACAAAUACAGCAGUGAGGUGUCUUCAUUAAAGUGUAUGUUAAGAGAGCUAGACAGUCCUGUGAGAGGUUUUUAAAUCUUAAGAGCCUGAUAUUUCUUUUAGUUAAAAUGGUGGAGGGAGGGGGAGAGGCGCUGAGGUAGAACAGGAAGACUGAGAAUCUACCAUUUCCUUUCUCAUACCUAAACCCUCUUUUGACUCCAUAGGCUCCUGGUGUUGGUAUGUAAGGUUUCACCUUUGUGAAUUAGUCCUUAACCCAACAGUUUUUGGUGAUACAAAGCAUCUUGUGUAGCACCAUUCCUCCUGGGUUGAUUGAAUAGUUCCAGCUACUGCUCCUAUUGACUCUGUGCUUUCAAAAUGAUGUACAAGGGGGCUUGAAAUUUAAUUGGACAUAGAAUAUAUUUGUUGGCUGAUAGGUACCAUUUCAUAUGCUAUUCUGCAGCUUCCCUCUAUGAUCCUUCUAGCACAGUGUGGCAAAUGCAUACUGUAGAAGCUAGGCCAGAGAAACUCAUUUUAAGUGAUCUGAAGAUGUCAGGAAAAAAAAAUGGUUGCCUAGAAAAGUUGAUAGUUAAACAUCAAACACAAUUAUAUUGGAAACCUUGGAGUUACUUUAAUAACUUUACAUGAAUUUGCCUGGGGCCCAUAAUAUCUAAAUUUAGUAAAAACAGAUGCAUAGGAGAACUGUGUCCUGGUAGGAGCCACCACAGAAGCUACUGAAGUCUUCUCCUUUCUCCAGGGCUUCUACAGAUGGCAAAUCCAUGUUUGCAAUGCAUUUUCCUGCAUUUGGGAACAGUACUUGUCAGCUGAUGCUUUUGUGCCCAGAAGGUGCAUAAACUGGCCAUAAAUGCUCUCCUCCAUGACAAGGCUGACUGGCAUAUUAUCUACCCGUAAUCUCCCAGACAGCCAGAGAUUUUAACUCUUGAGCCAUGAUGCUUCUGUCACUAAAUUACUUGCUGCUUUCUCUCUGCUGCUGUUCUUCAUCUCUUGCAUUAAUUUUAAGGGGGGAGGGGAGAUAGCGGACGAAGUGGGGCUGUGCUCCGUUCAUCAACUGCUUUCAAUUUGUAUCUGAAUAAACAAACUUAAAAUCUUUGA